CUACUGUUGAUAUAUACUUUUAACUUAUUUUACUAUAAUGUGGUCAAUCAUACAUUUUUUGGACGAAAAUACAGUGGAAACUGUACCAAGCAAAUGGUAUUCAAAAAAUAAAUGUGCCUGGCCGACUAAUAAAAGCAAGCGGCAUAUUGCAGAUCAAUCGGAUCCGAUUCCACCAUAUUUUAAGUGGUAUAAAGCUCGGGCAUUAUUAACGGACAUAGAAUCUUUCUCUGAAGCGAAUAGAAAAUGCAAAAAAGCCUUAUACACAACCAAUUUAUCGUCUACUGAAACAGAAAAUGAUGAAGUGAUGAAUAAAAAUAAAAAUAAAUCUAAAGAAAUGUUACAGUAUAAUUCGACAAAGCGUAAUAAAAUAAAAUUGACUGGACACGAUAACAAUGACAAAUUUUCAGACAUUGAUACUGGAGACGAUGACGAUAACACAGUUCUUAAAAUACCAACAUAUGAGUCUGAUGAUGGUACAAGUACAAAAGAAAUUGUAGAAGAGUCUAAUAAUAAAGAACUUCAAAAAAAUCAAUUCUUGUCUCCAUCUUCCAACCAAAUUUUAGAUAAAACUCAUUCAAAAAUUGAAUCGCCAAGCAAAAAUGAUCAUCAUGAGAUUGAUUCUUCAAAUAUAACACCUCAGUUGUUGGUUAAAACUCAUAACUCAACAUUUUCAUUGUCUGCAAAAAAACAUACUCAAAACAAAUCUCCAAUGAAAAGAUUUUCUCAAAGUUAUAAUGAUCAAUAUUUAGUCGUUGAAUCUGAUAGAAAAAAAAAUGGAAAUAUAUUUCGAAGCCUGUCUCCUGAUUUGUUAUUGAGUAGUCCAGAAUUUUCACCAUCUCCCAAAACGACAAAAAUAAUUGGUAAACAUAACUCACAUAAAACUCAUUCAAAAAUUGAAUUGCCAAGCAAAAACAAUCAUAAAAUAAAAUCUCCAAUAAAGAUAACCCCACAAUUGUUAGCUAAAAUUCAUAACUCAACUUUGUCAUUACCUGCAAGAAAAACUACUCCAAACAAAUCUCCAAUGAAAAGAUUUUCUGAAAGUUAUAAUGAUCAAUAUUUAGUCGUUGAAUCUGAUAGAAAAAAAAAUGGAAAUACAUUUCAAAACCUGUCUCCUGAUUUGUGUAUGUUUGUUUCUUUAUAA